AUCAGCUUUAUUGAUUUCAUCAUCUAUCCGCUCUGGGAAACCUGGUCUGAUUUGGUCUAUCCUGAUGGUCAACUGAUGCUCGGAUUAAUCAACUAUAACAGAGCCUGGUAUGUGGAACAAGUUAGAAUGGCCUUAAAGUUGGAGGUAUCUACGCAGCGACAGGCAACUCAGAAUGCAGAUACUGUCGCGGGAAAUGCAGAAUCAGUGCCCGAACUUAACUCUGCAGAAAUAGAUAAAGUUAUCGGACUUGUUUCACCUGAAAAGGCAUAA